UUUAGAUAGAGAGAAAGAAGGUUUGUUAAUGGAGAUAUAUAUAUGUAUGUAUAUAUACAUAUAUAUUUUAUUAUAUCCGAUUGUGAACAGAUAUGCAAUGAGAUGGUCAAUACUAAGAAAGAUAAAUUGAUAUGUAUAUGUAUAUGUAUAUAUAUGUAUAUGUAUAUGUAUAUGUAUAUAUAUAUAUAUAUAUAUAUAUGUACAUAUGUCUAUGUGGUUAAAUUGCACGACGAACGAGCUCAUCGUUAGCAAUAAAUAAUUUAACAAAUUCGUACGGUCUCUUGUGGUUAAUAUAUGCCGACCGAUCGACUGUUAAAUCCAUUCGUUUUUGGUCUACACGGUAUAGCAUCUAUAAUAAUACAUCGUUUUGUUGUAAUAAACGAUUUAAAUAAUAAUUUUCCAAUGAAUCUUUCUCUCCAUUUCCUUGUCUACUUGUAUUUUGAACAAAGAGGUUAUGAUAUUUUCCUAUUAUCUAAUUCCUUAAUUUACACACACGCUACAAUAGAUAUAAUUGUAUUUUUAUAACGAAACACGAUACAAUGUAUUUAUAAAAUUUAUUUUAAUCUUUUAAUUAAAUUAUUACGCACACCGAUAAAGAAAAUUUCAAAGAUAAUAUUUUACGUUAAUGUGUUACAUGUUUUUCUAACUUAGUGACUAAUAUCUGUGAAGUCAAAAUAUUUCAUGGCGUCGUCUAUUCACAUGUUUCUAAGAGGCGCCGUAAUAUCUAAAGUUCGAAGGAAAUCAAUAUAUUUUUCUAAUAUAUUUAUUACUUAUAUUUUAACUUGAUCAUUGUUCAUCCAAAAAUGAAUAAUUUAUUUCCAUGGUGAUUGUUAUCAAAAAGAAAAAAGGAAGGUGUCACAAAUCCAAACUAUAAUAUAUCGUGUACAGCAUUGAAAUCAUAACCUAAAAAUAACGUAUGUUAAUUUUUUAUUAAAUUCAUGUGAGUAUUUAAUACAAUGGAGACGACAGAAAAUUGGGAUGACAAUAAUGAGAUAUUUAUUAUUGAAAAUGAAACUAAAAAAGAGGAAAAUAUCGAAAGUACACAAGUUGUAGAAGGUUUUGUUACGUUCGACGAUUAUCUUAAGGAAGUAUUUGAUGCUAUAAGAGAAGGAAUCAAAGCAGCAAAUAAUUUACCAAAUGGAGAAAACUUUAAUUAUUAUGAAUGUUUUCCGAGUUUUAAUAAAGCUAGAAAAGAAAAUUCGGAAAGGUUAUUAAAGAUGAUGCAAAAAAUAAUUAAUAUAUCAGGAGUGAGCGAUAAUAUAGAUGGACGUGAUAUAGAAGAAAAGUUUGAACUUUUAUUAGAAGCAAAUGAUGUGUUUUUAGAUAAGGCAGGCUUGUGUAUGGAUGAAGAAUGUGGUAUAUUAAAAAAUCCUGAAAUAGAAUUAGUUGUAUCGCAAACCAAGAAGGAUACCAGCGGUAGUUGGAAUAUUAUAACAUCUGGAAAUAACAAACAAUUAUCUGAUACAUCUAAAACUGCACAAGCGGUACGUCUAUUGACUGCAAGAAAUAUACAAAGACCACAAUUAACUUUUAAAGACAAAAUUGAUAAUAGUUUAAAACCUUGGGAACCUAAAAUUAAAGAUAAGCCAAAUUCUUUAAAACCAUUAGCUAUUUAUUUAGAAGAAACCGAAGAUGGAGAGGUAUUUUGUCAUCCUUAUGAAUUUGAAUUGAAUAAAUUUCAACCUCCGGAUAAUCAAUUACAAAAAGGUGAACCAGUUAAGUAUAAAACAUUACAUAAAACUCCGUUAAUUAUGAUAAACAAACCGGAAGAUAUCAAAAUUUUAUUAGAUGAUUUAAAAAGAUAUCAAGAGAUUGCUGUCGAUUUGGAACAUCAUUCUUAUAGAAGUUUUCAAGGUAUAACUUGUUUGAUGCAAAUAUCAACUGGUGAUACUGAUUAUAUAAUUGAUACAUUAACAUUAAGAUCGGAAUUACAUGAGCUUAAUGAGAUUUUUACAAAAUCUACUAUACUAAAAGUGUUCCAUGGAGCAGAAUUUGACAUUCAAUGGCUUCAAAGAGAUUUGUCUAUAUAUGUUGUAAAUAUGUUUGAUACCCAUCAAGCUGCUAAACAACUUAAUUUACCAUAUUUAAGUUUAUCUUAUCUUUUGAAACGAUUUUGUAACAUAGAUCCGAACAAACAUUUUCAACUUGCUGAUUGGCGUAUAAGACCUUUACCCGAUGAACUUUUAAAAUAUGCAAGAGAAGAUACGCAUUAUUUAUUGCAUAUUAAAGAUAUUUUAAGAAAUGCAUUAAUUGAUUCUUCAAAUGGGAAGACUAACAUUUUAAAAGCUGUAUAUGAUAGAAGUACAGAGAUAUGUAAAUUAACUUAUGUAAAGCCAAUAUGGACAGAAGAAAGUUAUAUGAAUAUGUAUAGGAAAAGUCAAAAAUUCUUUAAUAAUAAACAAAUUUAUGCUUUGAAAGAAUUACAUAAAUGGAGAGACAUGACGGCUAGAGAGGAAGACGAUAGCACUGGUUAUGUUUUACCAAAUCAUAUGCUUUUAAAUAUAGCUGAGACAUUACCACGUGAAAUGCAAGGGAUUUUGGCUUGUUGUAAUCCAAUUCCACCAUUGCUUCGACAAAACUUAUUAAAACUUCAUAAGAUCAUACUUAAAGCACGAGAUCAACCUUUAAUAAAACCAGUGAAAGAAACUGAUAUUAGACAACGAUUUGUUAGAGAAAAUCAUGGAGUAAAUUCAGAAGCUUGGACUUAUUCUCCUCACGAUAUACCAAGUGGUACAGAAGCUAGAGCCGAUUUACCUUGUCUGUUAGAUCAAUUAAAUCAAUUAGAAAUAGAAAAAAUAUUAAAUAGCAAUAUUAAUGUAAAACAUAGCAUUACAGUAUUUGAUAGUCCAAACUCAUCUGAGAAUGAACAAUCAACUUCUAAUGAAAUGGAACAAAAUAAAAAGAAAAAAUUCAUAUUCAUUAGUCCCUUUGAAAGAUACAAACGUGUAAUACCUGUGAUAGCUAAACAAGAAGAACAAGACAGACAAAACCAAGAAAAAGAAGAAGAAGAAAGAUUAAAUAAAUCGAAAAUCGAAGAUACACCUUCGCCUACAUUUAAGACUGAUCAGAAAUCUCUUCCCGAUCAAACUACAUCGGGUCAAAGUUCAUGUCGUAGAAAAAACAAAAUCUUCUCUCUUUGUUUGCCUGGAAGAAAAAGAAAAAGAAAUUUAUCUGUGAGAGAUUCAUCGGAUGAACGAUCUGAUAGUAAUUUGUCUACACCAAUUCCUUCUUUAAACAAGAAGAUAAUGCAAGGUGUGAAUAAAGAAUUACUUAUAAACACAGAUACAACGAAUGAACAAAAUAAACAAAUAACUGUACAAAAUGUUUCACAUAAUCAAAAUUUGCAGAAUGAUACUAUUAAACCUUUAAGGGCACGUAAGAAAGGAGAAAAAAAAGCAAAUGAAAAAGAAUUAAGACAAAAAGGAAUGCUUCCUGUAGAAAAGUUUGACUAUAAAUCUGUUGACUUUAAUAAAGCUUUCCAAGGUGGUAGUAUUAUUAAUGAUGGAACAAGUCAAGCAAACUUUGUACAGCCAAAACAGGGCAAGAAAAAAAAUAAACGAAAGAAAAAGAAGCAAAAUCUGACUACAUUUAAAUACAUAUAUUUUUUGUGUGUGCCUAAAGUGUUCAAUAUCAGUAUUAUAAUGUUAUUAUAUAUAGUAUUGGCAAUUGCAUUAAAUAAUGUUUUAAUCAUGAAUUGCGCCUGUUUGAACAAUAAUAGAACAAAUUUGUUAAAUAAAAAUUUAUCAGAUUUUACUUAUACAUGGGUAGACAAAGUCCGUGAUGAUUUAGUAAAUUUUAUGUCUAAUAAUAAAGAAAUAGAUUGUUUUGGUUUAGGAAAAACAGUUGCUAUUGUUUUAGCAUGGUUUUUUUCUGACAAAGCUAAUGAAUUAAAGUUAUUAGAUAUUCAAUUUCUUUUAUCAUCAAGAAAUCAGCCGAACAGAGUACAAGUGUAUAUUGGUGAACAGUUUGGUUUGGAAUGGACAGAUUUUAAAAUUGAACGUAGAACUAUUAUAAUAGUACAUGGAUUUUUAUCUCACAGCAAUGAGAAAUGGAUUACUGAAAUGGAGGAAGCAUUUCUUAAAUGGAAUGAUGUUAAUGUAAUAAUCGUGGAUUGGAGUGCAGAAGGUAAUACGUGGAAUUAUUAUAAAGCUGCCAUCAAUACUAAAAUAGUUGGACAUCAAAUUGCAAAAUUUUUAGAACAUAUCGUAAAUGCAACAAAAGUUACAUCUAAUUGGGGUACUAUACAUUUAAUUGGACAUAGUCUUGGAGCACAUAUUUGUGGCUUUGCUGCAAAAGAAUUUAAGAAAAAAGAAAGUAAUUGGAUAAUACAUAGAAUCACUGGUCUAGAUCCAGCACAGCCAUGUUUCAGAAAUACAGAUUCAUCUAUUCAUUUGGAUAAAACAGAUGCACCAUUUGUUGAUAUAAUUCAUACUAAUGGAAAAUUACUCUCCAAUCUUGGCUUAGGUUUACCAGAGCCUAUUGGUCACGUAGAUUUCUAUCCUAAUGGAGGCCAAUAUCAACCAGGUUGUUCUGAAUCCAACAGAACGAUCUUUGGCUAUUUACCUAUUCCUCAAACAUUUAUUCAACAAGCAAUAUGCAGUCAUGGUCGUUCUUAUGUUUAUCUUACUGAAUCUCUUUUAUUAACUUCUAUGAAUAAUUGUAGUUUCUGGUCACAUCAUUGGGACUUGACAUAUAGAAAUAUAAAACAAAUAAUGUCUGAAUCAUGUAACGAAGAUAAUUGCAUUGAAAUGGGAAUUAAAGCAGAGAAUUAUCCUCAACGUGGAACUUUUUUUCUAAUUACUUCAAAUAGUACACCAUAUUGUGUUAAUGAAACAGAAUUACCAAAAGAAAUAAAAACACAUUUGAAAAUCGAUUAUAUUGAUGAGCUUCAGGAUUAAAAGAGAGAGAGAGAAAGAGAGAGAGAGAGGGAGAAAGAAAGAAAGAGAGAAAUACGUAAUUUUAUUAUAUAUGUUACGGACAAAGUCCAUAAUAGGGGCAUCAUGAAUAAUGAGAAACAAUGAAAAGGUCAUAACAUAUAUACAGAUAUUAUUUUCGUAAAUAAAUGCAUUUUUUAUCUUAAAAAUACUAUUUAUAUAUAGCGUUUAUACUUGUACGUAUCGCAUUUAAAUUAUUUUUUGACUAAUAUUUACAAUUGGCAACAUUUAUAUUAUUUUAUAUACAAUUUCUAAUGACAAAGGAUUUAACCAGUUAGCUCAUAGCGCUAUAAAAUCAUUUAAAUUAUAUUAUGAUAAAUGUAAAGAAAACAAAUUG